AUGCUAUCCAAAGUACUCCCUUCCGGCUGUGGCGUCUGUGGUCAACACAAGGGUCUUCUUCGAUGCUCUGGGUGCAAGGUGCUGCUAUACUGCGGCCGCGAUCACCAAGCAGCUGAUCGCCCGUCACACAAAUCUGCUUGCAGCACCGUCCGAAGAUCUCGCGUCACUAUGGUGGAAGAAGAGCAGGCCCUGCACAACCACCCAGGAGACUUCAUGAUGCCCGAAGACCCUUUCACCAAUGGUGUCGGACAUUUCUGGGGCUUAUUCGAAACCCGUGAUUAUAUGCGAGCUCGGUUUGCACUCGUCGAAGCAAUGGCCAAAAUCAACAGUGCUGAGUCUGUUGAGGCGCAGCUUGGCCAUCUCAUAGAUAUGUUGCGUCUGUGCCGAGGUGAUAACAUGGGUGUGCGGGAUCUCGUGCCUGCACUGAUGCUGCGACUUAACAAGGACCAAGAAUGUUAUGACUUUAUCAAGUGGUGGGUCGUCGUGAGUGAGAAUCCACAUUACGACUGGGGAGACACCUCUCUGCCAUACCUCGAUAUCAAAAAUGCCGAUGUGUUAGAGCCUGUUGAUCGUUUCUGUGGCCAGUUCCAUGCUCUCAGCCACUUUUCUACCCUGACGCUCUUGAAAAUUAAGCUGCUCCUUGACCUCACGAGGUUGGAACAGUCAUAUUCCAGUCUGGGUACCAUCGUUCCUCGUGAGAUCCUUGAUAUAAUUCAGUCGUCGGUGCCCCACAGCCCCGCUGUGCGUGCCAAACACGAUAUCAUGAAUGGUGGAUGUGAUACCCGCACCACCAUGAUACAGAGGUUGAAGGCGCAGGUCGAUACCUUAUAUAAGGAAGUCCACCGGGCAAAUAAAUUUUUUUGGCUCGCCCUCAUCAAUCCAAGCAAUCAUUUGAUGGGGCGCCCCAUGGCAUACUCACCUGGGAGCGUGGAGGAAACACAAAUAAAUUUACAUUACAACUACGAUGUGUGGAUUGAGACUACUGGUGCCAUUGAUUUCAUCAAGGCAAAAGUUCAUGGUGAUAUUUAA